AUGUCCUCAAACAGCAUCCCGCCCACUGAGAAUGCCCCUCCCUCCUCUGUGACCGAUGCCGUCUUGGUCGCCUCUGAGCCUGUCCCGGAAGGGACACAUAAAGUGAGCGGCGUGGACUUCGAUCGCUUCCGGGGGAGAGAUAUCACCGUCGCUGAAAUGGUCGACAACAUGAGAUACACGGGUUUCCAAGGCAGUGCAGUCGCAGACGCUGCCCGCAUCAUCAACAACAUGACUGCUUACCGUCAUCCCGAAUCCGGUGCCAAAACGACCAUCUUUCUCGGGUACACCUCAAACCUGAUCUCCUCCGGCCUCCGCGACACCAUCCGCUACCUCGUCAAAAACAACCACGUCUCAGCCAUUGUCACAACUGCUGGCGGUGUGGAAGAAGAUUUGAUCAAGUGCUUAGCUCCGACCUACAUGGGCUCCUUCACCACGCCUGGCGCAGGACUGCGUGCCAAGGGAUUGAACCGUAUUGGCAACUUGAUCGUUCCCAAUAGCAACUACUGUGCCUUUGAAGAUUGGCUAGUCCCGAUCUUGGAUAAGAUGUUGGAAGAACAGGAAGUCGCCAAAAAGAAGGCGCUGGAAACGGGUGACGAAGAAGACGAACUGCACUGGACUCCGAGCCGCAUUACCGAACGCCUUGGCCGCGAGAUCAACAACGAGGAAUCGGUGCUGUACUGGGCCGCACGCAACAACAUUCCCGUCUUCUGUCCGGCUUUGACGGAUGGCUCUCUCGGAGACAUGCUAUACUUCCACACGUUCAAAUCUUCGCCGCAACGGCUGCGCGUGGAUAUUGUCGACGAUGUGCGCCGUAUCAAUACGAUGGCCGUCCGUGCUGCUCGCGCGGGUAUGAUCAUCCUUGGAGGUGGUGUAAUCAAGCACCAUAUCGCUAAUGCUUGCCUGAUGCGCAAUGGUGCGGAACAUGCGGUCUAUGUGAACACCGGGCAGGAGUUCGAUGGUAGCGAUGCGGGUGCGCGACCGGAUGAAGCCAUCAGCUGGGGCAAAAUCAAAGCCGACGGUGAGUCGGUAAAGGUGUACGCGGAAGCUACGGUUGUCUUCCCGCUCAUUGUGGCCGCUUCAUUUGCACGAGCGGAGGCAGCCGCAUUGAAUGCCGUCAAGUCCGAGAAUUGA